AUGGAAACAGCCAGCAACACUUCUUCCGCGAAACUCCAAGGUCUUCACGAAUAUGAGUCAAAAGAUUAUGCCCAGCCUGACAUCAUGAAUCACACUUUUGAGCUUCUGUCUAACCUUCACAAGUUGCUUCCAAAUCAUCUGGUGGAAGCACUUCAUUCCUACAGGAGCAAGGAGGAUAAAAUCAAAUGUGAGGCUCCUGAACUCUCCGCCUUAGAAAAGAUCUUAGCAAGACAUCAGAUGCCAAAAGAGAUUAGUUUGACUCCAAAGCCAAGCAGAAUGCCCUCAUGGAGAAGAAAAAAUGUCAGCAAUUUGAAUGACAGUUGGAAGAAAUGCCAUUUGUUAAGGGAUCCGCCCAUGCACACCAUCAUUGUCAGGUAG